UGUGUAGAGAGCUCUGGUAACUUUAAAACAUCAAAAAUUAAAUUUCGAUAAUAAAACAAUUCAGAAAGACUGCAAAAAAGCAUAAGUAAUGUAAAAGCGUUUCUGAAAGUGCUCAGUAUCAGAAUAAAAUCGAGUAUACUUGCGAUGAACUAAGGCAAGAGCUAAAAAGUGAAAAAGUAUAACUUCAGUUUUUCUCAGUAGUGCAAAAAAAAGAAAAAAAAUUAUCGAAAUUAUUCAACUCAAAUUAAUCGAUUUUGCGAAUAGAGUCAACCACUAAUAGUGCAAAAAAAGUUAAUUACAGUGAUUUCCGUGAAUGAUAAUGAGAUCAAAAGAAAUGACGAGAAAGAAGUUAAUACAAAAUGAAUGUGAAUUUUAAGAGAAAAAUUGAUUUUAUUUGAAAAUAGGAUAUAAAAUAAAAACGACAAUUUUGUGUUUGGUUGGAACGUAUUGUUACCAAAUAAUACCUACAAUAAGGCAGAAUUUCGAUUCACAGUACGACAAGUUUUGUGGCUUUUAAAAAGGAAGAAUAUUUUGUGCUAUCGAUUUCUAUAUAAAAUAUAAAAAGGAAAAAUAGUGUAAAGCGGUUAAAACAAAGUUUUAGUAAGCAGGUCGUGACAAAAGGAUUUGUUUAUUGUUUUUGUGUGUGAAUAUUUGUGUAUAAUUAUAAUUAAGUCAAUUUUAAACGUAAAAAAAUUGUGAACGUCGAGGAUAAUUUGUAGAGUAAAGAAGUGAAGCAAAAUAUAAGUAUAAAAAAAACGACAAUAUAUCCAAUUACAAAUUUUGUCAUGCCGGGCAGUCGAUCAAGUAAUAACGAUGCAGAACACAAGUCACCAAGAGAAAGUGGAGAUGAUUCUGAGGAUGAAAGUGAAAUUUUAGAGGAAAGCCCUUGCGGUAGAUGGCUCAAACGAAAGGAAGAGGUAGAGCAACGCGAUGUUCCAGGCAUCGACUGUGCACAUUUGGCAAUGGAUACAGAGGAAGGAGUUGAAGUUGUAUGGAAUGAGGUUCAAUUUAGUGAGAGAAAAAACUUUAAAGCACAGGAGGAGAAAAUUCAAACAGUUUUUGAGAAUCUUACUCAAUUAGAACAUCCCAACAUAGUCAAGUUUCAUAGAUAUUGGACUGAUACACAUAAUGAUAAGCCUAGGGUAAUUUUUAUAACCGAAUAUAUGUCGUCGGGUUCACUGAAACAAUUUCUUAAACGAACGAAACGGAAUGUUAAGAAAUUGCCACUGCAAGCUUGGAAGCGAUGGAGUACACAAAUUUUAUCAGCACUUAGUUAUUUGCAUUCCUGUACCCCGCCGAUUAUUCACGGCAACCUUACCUGUGAUACAAUUUUUAUUCAACAUAAUGGUUUAGUUAAAAUUGGAAGUGUAGCGCCCGAUUCAAUUAAUCAUCAUGUUAAAACAUGUCGAGAAAAUAUCAAAAAUAUGCACUUUAUAGCACCCGAGUAUGGUGUUGUUGCUGCAAAUGCCACCACGAGUACUCUUACACCAGCAAUUGAUAUCUUUUCAUUUGGUAUGUGUGCAUUAGAGAUGGCGGCAUUAGAGAUACAAGGAAAUGGAGAUUCGGGAAAUAUGGUGACAGAAGAGAAUAUAAAUAAGACAAUUGAAAGUUUAGAGGAUGAGCAACAGAAGGACUUUAUAUAUAAGUGCCUGAGUCAUGAUCCAUCAGAGAGACCUAGUGCAAGAGAGCUUUUAUUUCAUCCGCUUCUCUUCGAGGUUCAUACACUCAAACUUUUAGUCGCCCAUUGUCUGCUGAAUACUGCACCCAAUUUCUCAGACACAAUAACUGAUGAGAUGAUGAGACGUCGAUAUAAGCCUGAUGUCGUACUCGCUGACAUUCCUCGCAUUAAUGAUCCCGUUGAAUUUAAAUUGGCCGAUGUGCCAGCUGCUGAAAAACUAGAGAAAUUUUUAGAAGAUGUUAAAAAUGGCAUUUAUCCACUAACAGCAUUUUCAGCAAAACAACCACCUACACCGAGACCUCGAGCAAUUUCCCCAGAAACAGCAGAGUCUGUAAAAUCAGCUUCGCCUGAGCCGUUAGAUGUUGAGUCAAGGAGGGUUGUCAAUAUGAUUUGUAGUGUUAAGCCGUUAGAAAAUUGUAAUGAGCUCUUGAUGACAAUACUUUUAAGAAUGGAUGAUAAAAUGAAUCGUCAACUCACAUGCCAGAUAUCGCUUGACGAUACGGCGAUAGCUUUAUCGCAUGAGCUUGUUCAUUUAGGAUUUAUCAAUGAUAACGAUAGGGAGAAAACAGCAAGUAUGAUAGAAGACACACUGUUACAAACGGCAAAGCAACAGCAGCUGCUAGGUGCAACACGAAUGUCAUCAAGUGAUUGUCCACAUCAAAUGCCUGUACACUCAACCAGCAUAAGUAUUGAGAGAAGUUGGACGGUAGCUGAUGGAGCUGAAUCCCCAAUAAUUGAAACAACGACGAUUAUCAACGAUAUAGAAAGUUAUGCGCCUGAUAUUGAUAAAGCCUAGGAUAUAAUAAUGAAGGAUAUUAAUUGCAACAUGAUUAUGAGCGUUGCUUUCUUCUUAGUAAUACUUUUUCACGCGUAACAUGCUUUCCGACAUUAUUGUGAUGUUUAAUUUCCAAUUUCCUGAACAAAUAUUGUACAAUCAGCCGAUGUACAGCUUACGUUUCCAUCAACUACAUCAGACAUAGCGCUUGAAAUUUGUAUAAGUUAUAUCCCAUCUCUUUUACGACCAAAAAAGUUUAUAAGAGUCAUCAACUGUUCAUGCUAAAAUAUCUAUGAUUAAGAAUUGGAACUUCUUAAGCCGAUGGAUCUGCAAUUUUAUCAUCAACUUUGUAAAUUGUUAAUUUUAUAACAAAUUCGUUUAAGUUUCUAAUUUAAAAAAAAAUGUGUUCUUUUUAUAUAAUUUUUGUAAGUUUAAGGACGUAAAUGUUUAGGCCAUUAUUUGUAAAAAUUAAUUUUUGUAUGAUUUCCUGAAUAAAUUCAUGAUAAAAUUGUAAGACUCAUCCGAUGCUUUCAUAUAUCUAUUGCCUGUCCCUUUUUUAAUUCUAUUUAUAUCUACAAAAGAAAAGUAAACAAAAAACAUUUAAACGCAUGUGACAGUGACGUUGCUUUAUUUUAUUAUCAUCAAUAAGAUUGCAAAAACAUGUUCAUCUCUAAAAAGGAAAUCAAGUAAACAAAUUUGUUUCUAAAAAUAAUGUGAAGAGACAUUAACAAUUAUUAUGAACUGAAUAGAUAAAGUUAUAGAACCUCAGACAUUCUGAGCGUGUGAAUUUAUUUUCUAGCUUAAUGUUAGUUUGGCAGCUAGCUAAGGUUCUUAGCUUAUAGUUGACAUUUGAUUCCUUUUUCCAAAGAUUCUUCUCCUUUUUAGUGACUAUUUGGAAUUUGUUCUUAAAAGUAUUAAGGAGAUUAAUUACCUCAUUCAUUAUUAAGAUUACUGUUUAGAAGUACUAAGUUCUCUAAAGUUACAUUCUUUGAUUUAAAAAUCUCAAAUAUAUUUAUUUGGUCGGGUUUAUUGAGCAUUUUUUUUUUAUUAUAGUUUUCUCAAUUAAAGCUAGUUGCUAAGCUACAAUUAAUCUAGAUUUAAGAAGACCACCUUCUCUCAGAAACAAAACAUUUUUAUCUUGUUAAUUAGAGUUAUUUUAAGCUAACAAUAGAUUAGCAAUGGUUGUGUAUCUGUUCAUAUAAUAGAGUCGUUCAUAAAUGUUACAUAGAAAUGAUAACUAUCGAUCGAGAAGAAGCUUUGACCUUAACCCUAGAGAGUCUAGUUUCUAGGGCAACUUGGGCAAUACUACCUUAGGAUUGAAAUUGUAUGCACUAUAAUAUAAAAAAUAAAAAUAUUAUUUAUCUAAGACUAAGAAGAGUGCCCCGGAUAUUGAAACCGGCGUCUAGUUCUAUGAUCAGCUACACAAAAAUUGCAUCAAUAAACGAUUAAAGAUAGGAAUACAGAAGAAAAAUAAUUAAAAUUGAAUAAAGAAUGUAAACCAAUUGAAGUUGAAGCCCAACAUGUCGUAUUAGCAAAGUUGAUGUGUAAUUAAAACAGAUAAAAUAAAUUAUAUAUACAUGAUGCAUAUAUAUCGAUAAUUAUAAAGAAGAAGUAAACAAAAAAAAAAAAUGCUACAAAAUCCUGAUUGAUUCACAUGAAUGAAGGAAUAUAGUGAAGGCUGUAAUUUAGUAGUGUUUUAGAGUUGAUCUUGAUUCUACUAAGUAUUAGUCUUUAGGACGCUGUGUUAUUCAGGAUAAAAAAUAAAGUGCGUAUGGAAUGAUUAAGCACCUUCCAGAAUGAUAAAAAUGAAAGUUUUACUAUUUUUUUUUUUAUUGUAAUAAGUAAUUGGUAAAUGUAGGAUUAUAUUAAAAUCAAUAAUCUUUUUAAGAAUUAUAUAGUGACUGACUGUUUUUUUCGCGCUGUGAAGCACACACACACACAUGAGAACAAAGGAGAGUAAAUUGUGAAAAAUAAAAUAUAGAUAUUUAAAUUUCAUUUAGGGAACACAGAAUUAAGAGAUUAAAAAUGUAAAUUUUCAUUCUUUUUGUUUGUCAUAUUUGAGGUAUAAUAUAUAUUUUUCGAAAUACAAAACGAUUAAGAUCAUCUCAUUUGGAUAAUUUCACUAACAAAUGACUGAAUUGAUUGAAAACUUUUAGCGAUAACUGCACGAACGGGAUACUUGAUGAUUUUUAUUUUAAAGAUGCGAAUAGGACAUUUGAUUCUUAUAUUUUCUAAAUGUAGAUAUGAUUUAAUGUGCUUGCGGACUUAUUAAUUCCAUGCAAUAAAAAAAUCUUCAACUUUUGCUUCCUGAGAGUCAGAAAAGCUUCAUGUAGAUGGAUGCAGAUGGAUGUGUUAAGAAGUAACAAUCAAAUUUUCAAAAAAAUAAACUAACGCAAUCACACAAAAUUACAUGUGAAUUGAGUGUUUGUUGAUGUUUGUGAAUGCUGAGCUUUUAUCACACAAAUAAAGAUCUUGGAAGCUUUUGCCCAUUUUCCACUUACUGUUCAUAAUUUAGGCAUCACAGAAAUUCAGCACAUCAUAAAAAUGGAAAAAUUCUAAUGAUGCUUACUGUUCUUCCAAAUGUGACCUAUGCAUCUCAACAUAAACUUUUAUUUUUCUUUUUACACUAAUUUUAAAAGGCAGCCGAAAAUAGCAAAAAUUAAGGAUAUAAUAAAUCAAUGGAAAGCAAAAUAUAUUUUUGAAUUAAACAUUUUUUUAAAGAAUAACUGAAUGUAAGAAUUUAACAAUUAAAUUAAACUAAUCAGCAUAUUUUUUACAUAAAUCAACCUUCCUUCCUUUGUCAUAUCUCUCACUCUUUCUCCCUCCUUACCCCAUCCCUCACACGACAUAGAUGCAUUAUAAUUAUUAAAAACAUACCUACAAUAAAUGAAGAUAGAAAAGGAUUAAAACAAUAUUAUAAAAAAUACCAUAAGUAGGAUUAACAUAAUGAAUUAAUUCAAUACAAUGAAUUACAAUAUUGACUAAAUUAUAAAGUUUAAGAAGAAAUGAAUCCUUUGUUAGAGUGAUUUGAGGACUUAAAGGCUGUCACGUUGAACAACUUACAAAUUAGAAUACAAACGUCUUAAUAAUUGUCACAUCAAUCGUUUAAUUGUCAGCAAAUGCUUGAAGGUGUGCCGUCUAGACCAGUGCUUCUUAAAUUAGCCAACAUGGCAUGCCCUUUAAUUUUCAUGUCUCUCGAGGACACAAAAAAAAACAUUUUAUUUCGAUUCUUCCUCAUCCGUAAUAAAAUGAAGGUGAUGAUGAGAAAAUAAUAGAAAAUUUCAAGUGAAAAUCAGAGGAAAAUGCAAAGGGAAAGUAGAUAUGUUGGGGAAAUGUGUGGAAAAUAGUUCCUUGGUACUGGAGCUGUAUUUAAUCAAUAAUAUAUGAUAUUUAAAGGUGGAGUCAGAAGCUAUAUACAUCUACCAACAAAUCUCUGAAACUCAUAGCCAAUUUUCUCACAAACCAAUGAGUAUCAUUGAAUGGAAAAUCACCAAAUUUAGAUCAAAGCUCCUAAUAUCACACAUCAUUUCCAUCAUUCAUGUUGAUCCCCCCCUCCUCUUGUUGAGAAAAUAAAAACAAUAUAAAAAGUAAUAAACUUUGUAAGUCAAUAAAAAAAAAAGAUAAAAUAGCUUGAAAUAUAUUUAAAAUAUAAGCUUAUUUGCUAGUCAUAUCGUCAUAUAAAAAAGAAAGAAAAUGAACUCUAGUAAUCCCAAAAAAUGAAAAAUCGACCUCCUUCUCUCUCCGUUUUUCCUGUUGUCAAAACCGAGACAUGAAUGAAAUCAUUCUUCUUUAGUUAAUUCUGUGGACAUUAUUAAUUCAUAUAUUUUAUAUGUUUUUCAAAUUAGCACGAAAAAUUCCAUCAUAAAUUUUAGAAUAGUUAUGUACAUGAAAAAAAAAAAUACUCAACAAUUAAGGUGAAUUUCUUUUGAUUUAGGAAUCUUAAUUAUAAAAUAUAAUUGCUAUUGGUGUGUUCAGAUUUUUGCGUGUGAUGAGUCUUUAAGGUGCGCUUUAUUGCUAGCUCUAUUUUAGUGACCGAAAAUCAUUGGAUUCUUCUUGAUAGUGUGCUAGUUAUGGAAAUUAAUUGUUAAAAAGAGCAACUGUUGAAGCAACUUUGUUACAACAUAAAUCUAUGUUGACAUUGUAUAAGGAAACGUCACAAUGUCAACAAGGCCCCUUUGGUAUAACUAAUUACGGUGGUUUCUUCAAACAAUCUUGCACAUUUAGCAGUAACACACGUGUUAUGGCUCUCAAUAAUACAAUACAAUACAAUAAAAAGAAAAAAGUAAAGUCCUUACAAAGAAAACUAUUUCGAGAAGUGCAGCCAAGACUAGAACAUCUAGUAAUUGGACUCUCGGAAAUAUUUUUUAAUUAUUUGCAUGGUUUAGUAGUAACCAAUAGAGUAAGGGACCUUAAUUUGAUAACUCUUAAGUCACAUCAUAUUCUAGAAUAGAAACUAUGAGGGUCUGGCAAAAGCGCACUUUCAACAAUUUCAAAGCAUCACACUUAAAAAAUCACAAAAAAAAAAAUCAUUGGCUCAAAAAGUUUAUGAGAAAUAAGAAAUAAAAGAAGUCCAUUGAAAAUUAUUAAUUAUGCAAUUAACAUAUUUACUGCUCUGUUCUUCUUCAUCUUAUGUCUUUCUUUCCUAAUAAUAAAAAUAAUAAUAAUAAUUUUUUCAUCCGUUUUAAAAAAGACGAUUAAUAGCAUUUUAAUGAUUGUUCAGACACAAUACACGCAAUUUUCAAGUGAUUUUUCCACGAGAAAAGUUCAAUCUUGAUAAAAACUCGAAAAUAAUUUACGACUCCGACAAGUGACUGUCGAUGAUUAUAUGCUAUCAACGGGAAAAUCUUAAUUUGACCACAAAAAAAGUCAAACAAUUAUGCAUUUUAUUAUAUACUGAGCAGCAUGUUGAUGUCGUUAGGAUGCAGAAUGUCACUUACUACUUUGGGCGACUUUAGACUCCAUUUGGAAGCAUUAUGGACUUUAAAUAAAUCGCUUUGGGUAUGGUUGAGCAAACGACACUGUGAAGAUUGACUAGCCGUCGUGUGCUGCUUAUUAUAACUUUCUAUAGCUGUAGAUUUUAAGAAUAAAUAAAAGAAUGAUGAAAUCAGCCACAACUAUCAAGAAUAAUUGGCGCUUAUACAGUCAAAAAACGCUCUUAUAUUAUAAUGAAUAUAGAUUAUAUAAAUAUAUACAUAAAUAUAUAUAAUUAAUUAAUUGAAUAAAGUAAAAAAGGCAGAUAUUGUAAAUGUUUAACUAUUUAAUUAAAUGAAAAAAAUAAAAAAUAAUAAAUAAUAAAAAACUGUAAUUUUAGAAUGAAAAGUGUGAUAAUUUUUUUAAAAAAAUGAAAUGUUAAGAAACAAAAAAUCAAUGAAACUUGAAAAGUAAAUGAGAAACCUCGUAUGGAUCGUUAAGAAAUACCAAUCAAGCAUUAAUUAAUUUAACAAUAUCUCUCUUUAUAAUGAUGAUAAUAGUUAUCUAUUUCACAAAAUAGCCAAAAUUUCUGAUUAAGUUCUUUUAUCUUUCUUUUUCAUUUUAUUUUUUUAGUAAGGCAUACAAAAAAAAUAUAUUAACUUUUCUUCUGGAAGUAUAUAUGAAAAAAAUACGCGCGCAUUGACUCUUUUUUUUAUAGAAAUACCAAUAAAAAAUUUAUAAUUUAUAAAGAUGAGAAAAUAAAAUGAAAAACAUUUUCUUAAAAGCUUAGAAAAAAAUUGUUGUUGUUAUGUUUUUUAAUCUUGUUCUCUUAUGACUCUCCUUCCCCUCUUCUCCUGGGUAUCUAUCUCCAAAGAAUCCUCUGGAUCAAAAAUGUAAUUAAAGCCCUGACAGCCUUAAGAACCAUUCCCUUAACAUCAUUAGUGAAUAAGCCAAUUCUCUUUUUCAGGAAUUUUGAUUUUGCUGUCAUUUAAGAAUCUUUAACAGUUAUUAAGUCUGAAGAGAUCUAAGUGACAACAUCAGUUCAUAGCUAUAAAGGACCCCAAAAAUGAUAUUAGUGAAAUGAAAAUCGGAACAAUUAUCGGCGUUAAUUUCCAAGAAAAGUGUCUUUAGAUGAAAAGUUCAAGCAGAUCCACAGUUGUGCUCUAACGGAUAAAGGCUUAGAGCAGCUUAGAGUUCAAUCUUUUCCAAACUUAGUAAUACAGUGUAUAGUAGAGAUUUACAUUUUCGAAGACAUUGUAAGCUACAAAUAACGAUUAAUCAGGCCAGUAUCCAUUAUUCUAAUAAUUUACAAUCGAAGAAAGUUACGAAUCUCUGUUUCACAGUAAAAGGUAGUUUUCAAAAUUAAAG